AUGGCAAUUAGUAAAGUGUGUGGAAAGUUUGACACUUUCAGGAGGACUUUUCGCGAUGGAUUGGAUGAGUCUAACCAAUAUCGUUUUACAAAUAAUUUAUUUAAGAAAUAUUGUCCUAAUGGAAAAUGUGAUAAAGAUCUUGAUAAGAUUAAUGCUGGAUGUUUAUCGUUAUUUUAUGAAUUUUUCGGUAAAUAUGGUUCUUCAUUUGACACUCGUAUUUAUAAGGAUGAAGCUUUAAGUAUAAUGAUUUGGUUAGGCUAUAUAUUAAGCCUAAAGUCACAUGAGGGAAUCAACACAUUAAACGAUUUUUAUUCUAUGUAUAUAGAAAAUGACACGAAGUACACUGAGAAUAAUAUUAUUGAACAAAAACAUAAAAAUUAUAAGGAAAUCAUAGAUGCAAUAAAGGAAUAUAUGGAUAUUGAUAUUAGUUAUAUGUCUAAAUUUUAUGAAUUACUUAAAUUAUUAUGUGAAAUGAAUACUGCUUAUACGACAAAUAAAAGUACCGAGUUUUCACAACAUGCUAAUAAAUUUGUUUGUGAAUAUGGAAUACUCCUUAAUGAUGAUAAAAAUAUUGACAACAGUACAUACAGUAAAGUAUUACGUGUUGUGUCCAAUUAUUAUAAUAAUUUUGAAAAUGGCAGAAAUUUUAAUAAUACAGAAAUGAAAUUUCCUACAUUACCAACAAAAAAAGCAACCAAAAAAGUUGAACUAGAAAGUUCUGAAGAAAUUAAAACAGCUGAGCCCUCGAAUGAAACAGAUAAAUCAAAUAUUAUAAUGACGCCCCCGAUUUCUAUUACUACAAUAUCAGGCUCAUCACUAGUAAACAAAAUAAUUCCAGUAUUAUCGAUAUUUGGUGCAAUAGCAUUUUUUAUAGGAAUUUCUUAUAAGUAUUCGUUGUUUGGAUUUCGGAAACGAUCUCAAAAACAUUUAAGAAAAAAGCUAAAAAAAUAA